CACAGGAAGAGCUGGGAGUGUUUAAAGAAAGAGAUAAGAUCAUAUACUGAAGAGAAAGACUGAGAGAAAGAGAAAAUGUCUGAUAAUAAUCAUCUGUGUCUGCUGGGACUGAUCUUUCUCUCUUCACUUCUCACAGGUGUCAGUGGAGUGGAUGAUGCUCAUGUGUUCAUCAGUUCUGGUGAAGAUGUCCGUCUGCCCUGUAAUAAUGCUCUUCAGGACUGUACAUCAACUGAUUGGCUCUAUAAUAACAGACACAGCAAUUCAACAGUUGAACUGAUUGGUUUAGGGAUAAAGAAGAGAGACACAGAGAGACAUGAGAGACUGAGUCUGGGGUCUAACUGCUCUCUGAACAUCAGGAACAUCUCAACAGAAGACUCUGGGUUGUACAGAUGUCAACAAUAUGUGAAAUACAGACAACAAGGACCUGAUGCUGGUGUUUAUCUGCAUGUUCUUCAUGUCUCAUCCUCACACACUGAGAUCAGUUCAGGUCUCUCUGUGACUCUCUUCUGUCAGCUGUAUUCAUAUCCUCGAGUCUCUUGUGAUGAUUGGAUCCGUUCUGAGAGAAUUGAUCUGUUCUGGGUGAAUCAGACUGGUGUUAAAUCAGACUCCAGAUAUCAGAUAUCAUCCUCAUCAGGUCAUUGUAUUAUCUCUCUGAAUAAAACACUCCUGAAUGAAGAUGACAACAGAGAGUGGAGAUGUGAAGUUACUCAGAGAGAUCAUGUCAAGACCUCAGUCACAUACACUGUCAAGAGUUCAGCUGAAGCUGAUUCAACAACAGCAGUGAACAAACACGUAAUUAAAGUGAUUUUGAUUAUUGUUGAGUUUGCGGUGUUUGCUGCUCCUACUGUGAUUCUUCUUCAGAUCAUCUGUGCAAGAAAAGCUGAGAGGAAGGACUCGCAGCAGCCAGCGGAAAUAGAUAUUAAUACAAUAAUAGAAUAA